AUGUCUAACAUUUCUCUUGAGGCCUACAAGGCUAACAUGGUUCCCGCUACCCUUAAGCCCAUCAGUAUCCUCAGUUUUCAACUCAAGCCCGACUACACCCUCCGUCUCGAGCUCCGUCUCGCCGGAGGCCUGCGCAUCAGCAUGCCCGAGCGUCGAAUCCAGGAGACAACCCCCCGCCUUCUUUACAACUAUUAG